GGGCGCCGGGCUGCCGGUGAGCCUCUGUGAAUAAUGCGAGCGCGGGCAAACCGCUGAGCUGCCAAGCCACGCUGCUGACUGGUGCCACGCAUGACCAGGCUGGAACCCGCGGCUGCAAAAAUGUCCCAAUACCAUUUUAUCAAAUGCUGCUGCUUUCAGCUAUGUAACGUCUUUCGCUCACGUGCCAUGGAGAUCGACCAGUGCCUGCUGGAGUCACUGCCUCUCGGCCAGCGCCUUCGUCUGGUGCGCCGCAUGCGCUGUGACCAGGUCCGUGCCUACUGUGAGCGCGAGAGGGCCCUGCAGAGGCAGGCGAGGCCUCGGGCCCGGCCCCCAACCAGGAGGAGACCCAAGGUGCGCUUUGGGACCUCCGACAUAAUCCAGGAUGCCAUCGUGCGCCAUGACGACAAGGAAGUCCUGCAGCUGCUGAAGGAGGGGGCUAACCCCACCCUGCCCACCCCCUCUGGAGGUUCCCUGCUGCACCUGUGUGCUCGCCAUGACAACGCGUUCGCGGCCGAGCUGCUGGUGGAACGGGGCCUGAACGUGAACGGGCAGGACGAGGAGCUGUGGACGGCGCUGCACGUGGCCUGUGCGUGCGACAGCACCGACGUGCUGCUCCUGCUGCUCCUGGCAGGAGCGAAUGUCUUGCUGCAGGAUGUGAACGGGAAUAUCCCGCUGGAUUACGCCACGGAAGGAAGUGAGGCCGGCCACAUCCUUUUACAGCACCUGGAGGAACACGGUUUGGAUGCCGGCACCGUGCGGCAUGUGAAGAUGCAGGCGGCGAGCGCGAUGCUGUUAGACGUGCGGCAGCUCGUGGCCACGGGGGGCAGCGUCAACCAGUGCAAUGACGAGGGCGUCACCCUGCUACACAUCGCUUGUGCCAGUGGCUUCAAUGAGGUCAUUUCCCUGCUGCUGGAGAACGGGGCAGAACCGCAUGUGGCCGACAACAGCUUCUGGACCCCUCUGCACCUGGCAGCCAAAUACGGACAGACCGGCGCUGUGAGGCAGCUGCUGACCCACCAUGCGGACCCCACCCUCCUCAACGGCGAUGAAGCCAAGCCUUCAGAUGUUGCAGCCUCCGACCACAUCGCAGACAUGCUCCUCAGGGCUGAGGCCUGCUGGGAAGAGCGGCUAAGGAACCCUUCAGCGCCUCCUCUGGUGGCAGAGGAGGAUGACAAGGAGGCAGUCCAGGACGUAUUCACAGCCGUCAGGAAACUGAAUCCCCUAGCCCUCCCCAUCUCUAAGCGGGACAGUCUCUUCGAGAAGGACGUCAUGUUCCGGGACGUCCCGGGGGCUAUGACCCCACAGCCUGCCCAGGAGAACGGACUUGAUGGCCACUUUCCCUCGGGUGCGGGGAAACUCGAACAGGUGAAGCUGGUUCCUCCGGCACCCAGCGAUGAUCUGGCCUCUCUCAGUGACCUCACAGACAGCAGCCUGCUCUACGAGAUGCAGAAGCGGUUCGGCAACGACCAGAUCUACGUGAGUGUUUGUGGGGAGAGCGGCUCAGGGAAGACCGAGGCCUGCAAGCACAUUGUGAGGCACCUGGCGGUUCGCUCUGGCCCCAAAGGCUUUUCCCUGGAGCCCAGGAUGAAGCAUGUGAACUGCAUCCUGGAAGCUUUCGGUCAUGCAAAAACGCGAAUGAAUAGCAACUCAAGUCGAUUUAUGAAGUUUCUUUCCUUGCAAUACUGUGAGAAGAAGAAGAGUUUAAUUAGAGCUCAAGUUUACACAUACGCCCUGGAGAAGUCGCGCCUUGUCUCCUCGGAGCCUCAACAGCAGAACUUCUGCAUCUUCUACUUAAUGGCUGAAGGCAUGUCAGCAGAAGAGAAGAGCACCUUACAUCUGAGCAACAUCCUGACACACAGGUACCUGAGACAGGGAGGCUCGGUGGAGAGGCCGGCGGUUCCAGCCAGCGUACAGGGCAGGGAAAGGCUGAGCGUCCUGAAGCAGGCCCUGAGGGCGCUGGGCUUCCACGGCGUGGAAGUGGAGAACUUGUUUGUGAUCCUGGGUGCCAUCCUUCACCUGGGAGACCUGUGCUUCACUGCGCUGAUGGACAGCGAGGCGUCGAUCGUGGCUGAUUUGCAGCUGCUGGAAACAGUGUCAAGUAUGCUGCAGGUCUGUCCUGAGGAUUUAGGCUCCGCCCUUACAUCAGACGUGCAAUUUUUCAAAGGUGAUGUCAUCACACGGCAACGCACAGUGGAGAUGUCCAAUCACAACAGAGAUCUCCUCGCCAAGUCCCUAUAUAGCCGUCUCUUUGGCUACCUGGUCAACAAUAUCAACUGCUACCUGAAUGGCCAGGAGGAAAGCUCCGGGCAUGCAGCAUUGGAGAUUGGAGUUCUGGACAUCUUCGGAUUCGAGGAAUCGCGUGAAAACAGCUUUGAGCAGCUCUGCAUCAACAUGACCAAUGAGAAGAUCCACCGGUACGUCAUGGACUUGCUGUUCCAUCAAGAGCAGGCAGAAUGUCUACAGGAGGGCGUCGCCAUGGAAACAUUAUCCUGCCCAGGCAACAACUCUGGUGUUCUGGAUUUCUUCUUCCAGAAGCCUCAGGGCCUGCUUGCAGUUCUUGACGAGGAGAACCAGGCGCUGCAUCCAUCUGAGCAGAACCUCUACAAGACGCUACAGAGCCAGCUGCUCACAGCAAAUGCCAAUGGCAUCUUCUACUGUGCCAAGGAUGGAAAUGGCAACCCGCCGCCCAAGGACCAGGGGCCAUCCUUCACGGUCGGCCACUAUGCAGGCAAGGUGACCUAUGACCUCACCGGAUCGCUGAAGAAAAAUAAGGACACCCUGCCCCAGAACAUCCUCUUCGUAUUGAAAUCCAGCGAGAACGUGGUCAUCCAUCAAGCAUUCCAGAGCAAAGUGACGCAGACGGGGUCGCUGGUACCGCCGCAGCAGCGUCUGAAGGCGCUGGGACCCAAAUCUGCCCUGCUUCUCCAAAGGGUGACACCGUCCUGCCCAGCCUGGGAACCAAAGAAGUAUCCGGAAGUCAGUAAGCUUUUAAAGAAAAAAGGAGGGACCUCGUUCUCCUUCUUGCAGCGGUCUGAGAGGGGCGGGCCCGUCACCGUGGCAGCCGAGCUCAGGAACUCACUCUCUGAGAUUAUCAGCAAACUGCAGGGAUCCACGCCUCAUUUUAUUCAGUGUGUCAGACCCAACGGCACCAGGCAGCCCAACUCCUUCGACAGCCACCAUGUAUCUACGCAGCUGCAAUACGUGGGAGUUCUGGACAUGGUUCGAACCAUCCACUACGGAUACCCGGUCCGGUUGCCCUUCGCUAGCUUCCUGACUCGAUACAAGGAUCUGGCAGAUGCUAUCCUGGGAGACGGGGAGCUGUCCGUCGAAGACAAAUGCCGCCACAUUCUGCAGCACUGCAAGCUGCAGGGAUGGCAGAUGGGUCACACCAAGGUGUUCCUGAGGUACUGGCAGGCAGACCAUCUCAAUGACCGCUGCCAUCAGCUCAACAGAAAGGUCAUCAUCUGUCAGAAAGUGGUGCGGGGCUGGCUGGGCAGGAGGCAUCUUCGACUCAUGGUCCGAGCCCGGCAGCAGCAGCGGGAGCACCAGAUAGGCCAGGUGGAGAACUUCCUGCAGGGUGUCGAGGACCUGGGCCUACAAGCCUAUCACAGCCUGGUCAUCCAGAACGCCUCUGAUAUUGCCCGUCACAGUGACCAUCGGCGCGGACACCUUAGCUCCACCCACCUGCCUGAGAGGCCGGAGCCACUGGGGAGGGAGGAGGAGCCACCCAAGAGGGCCCCGGAAAAGGCCGGGAAGCCCGCAGAUGGCACCAUCUGUGUGGCGGACCGUCCUCUCAGGCAUUUCCGCUCCAGCUCCAUGUCCUCCCCCCUGACCACGGACUUGGUACUUUCCACCGGACUGUUGGUAAAACACCCAUCCCAGCUGCUAGCCGGCACGGAAGAAGGAGGGGUCGGGGGUUGUCUGUCGUCGCCACGGAAACAGCCUCCCCCCAAGCCGAAAAGGGAUCCCAACACACGCCUGAGUGCCUCCUAUGAAGCCGUCAGCGCCUGUCUUUCCAUGGCAGUGAAGGACGCCGAUGCUGAUGCUCUGUCAAAGCCACGGCCACACAGUGAUGACUACAGCACCAUGAAAAAGAUCCCACCCCCAAAACCCAAACGGAGCCCUUACACCAAGCUCACAGGCUCCUACGAGGAGAUCUCUGCCACCCGGCCCAUGGAGGUCAAGCUGUCCUGCCGGGGGGGGCACUGCCUCGGGCCCAUCCAGCGAGUGGCGUCUGCUGACGGGCCCCGCGGCAGCGUCCUCAGCCUCUACCGUUCCCAGGAGGAUGAUGUCUACAUGGAGAUGGUGGGCCACCCUGGCAACACCAGCCUGGUUGAGGUGGAGAGCCCCGAGCAGGGUGAGGCAGUCUAUGAGGAGAUGAAGUACUUCCUGCCCGAGGAAGGAGCGCUUCAGUCAGAGGCUCCGCUGGUUAAGCCUGAAGGAUCCAACUCACCCCAUCCUCUAGAGGGUAAAAGGCUGAUGUCAGCAGAACUCUGCGUCUCCCCUGGUCCGGGGGGGUGGCCACCCGGCAAGGAUGGCCCCUGCGACAUCCCCCCUCCCUUCCCUAACCUGCUCCCCCAUCGCCCCCCCCUGUUGGUUUUUCCACCAUCUCCGGUCACCUGUUCGCCUGCCUCGGACGAGUCGCCCCUGACGCCGUUGGAGGUGAAGAAACUUCCGGUGAUGGAGCCAGGCCUUGGUUACGGGGGCCAGGGUGAAGCAGGCGGCCCCCUCUCCCCCCAAUACCCCCGGCAGAGAGCUGAUUCAACCCCCAGCCUGUCAGUCUUCGUGCCUGACAAGUCUACGCCCCCGCUGACUCCACCCCCGCCCCCACCACCUCCUUUCACGCCAUCAUAUAGGACCCCCUCCCACUUCCCCUUCCCCCCCGAGACAGUCGGGCCACACCUGACCCGUGCUGCAUCCGUGGCAACCCCUGACCACUUCCGGGUCGCCCACAAAAGUGGACACCCCUCAGCCGAAGCCCCCCCCAGCUCCGGGAAACCCCCCCACUCCCCAGUGAAGACGGGCUGGCCAGAGCCACGACGGGCCCACUCCUGUUCAUCCUCUCCACUGCUGUUCAACCCCGUGGGCGUGAGACCCCUAAGCAGCCCACUGGACGAGCUCACCACACUCUUCAGCUCAGGCCGCAGUCUGCUGCGCAAGUCUGCUGCAGGCAAGAAGAUCCGCGAGCUGGGUUUCAACAUCAACCAGCCGGACCGAGACAGAGAUGAUGUGGACACGACCCCACCCUCCCCACAGCUCCAGGACAAGAACGCAAACAAUCACGUUGCCCCCAUUCCCAUCGAGAACGGCAACCGGCUGUCUAGCGGGGCCCUGGAGGAGUCACACAGCAAGGCCAACCUGCACAGGCACAGAGACAGCCAUCACAGCCAGGUGAUCCAGAAGCUGCGGAUGUCGCGGGACGAGCACGCCGCCCUGCAGGAGCUGCUGGCAUGGCGCCGGAAGCUGUGUGAGGAGCGUCGCUUCCUCCGCGGGGCGGGGUCAUUGUCUGACCUCGCCGUGACCUCGGCCCCGCCCCCACCCCGCGUCAGCGCCCCCACUCCCGUGAAAAAAGCCUUUCCAUAGCCAACCUGUCGGAUUCUGGCACUGUGCUCUUCUCACUUCAUCUCUUCACUGUCCUCCCAGCAGAAAUCGACUUCUCGGGGGUAGUGGGGCAGGUCCAGUGCAGCAGGACGCAUCCCUAUUGCCCCUAGAGGCAGAUGGAUGAUUUCUCUGGGGCAACAGUGAUAUUGAAGCAUAUGCUGGGUAGACUGGGGAAUUCCAGUACUGCCACUGGUGCUGGUCGCUCUCGUGUGACACAUCGGGGACUCACGUCUCCGCGGUUUACAUUCAGACCACUGUGCUGACCUCGGUGCGCUGGCUUGCCGUUGACUUUUCAGGUGAAACGAUCCUCCUCGUUUUUCCAGGUGCUUUCUCUAAUCCUGAAGCGUGGGUCGGGUCUUCAGGGAAAUCCAGCCAAUCCACAGACACAGAUCUGUUACGCACUAGUGACCGCAUUUCAGCGUCAGCCAAAUCUUAGUGACCAGCUUUAAUGAGUUUGUUAGCAUCAGGCAGACUAGUCACCAGACUGGUGUCCAUGGUAAUCUGUACUGACGCGUCAUACUUUACCCGUGUCUGAAUAGAGGACAACCUGCCCCCCCCCCUCGAUUCUGUCAUGCCCUAAGCCAGCCAAUUAUCAUCCUUCACAAGUGUCUAAGAGCAACUGGAUGUUAGGGACAUCCCACACAAACAGAACACGAAGAGAAAAUGGCACAAACACACACACACACACACACACAAUGCUGCUGCUCUCAGAUUCACACUCAUUCUGAGCCUCUGCAGAUGUGAGAUGAGCAAAUGUACAAAUCAAAGCCUGUGGCCAAAUCAAAAUUCUGUCCAUCCGCAGGGUGAGAAAGGCUGAAAGCCACACAAAUAAAGAAGGGCCAUGUUUAUGUGGGUGCCAUGGCUACCGAGUGAAUGGUGAUUAAUAUGGGAUGGAAAGGGACCUUUCCAGAACUCUGAGAUACUGGGUGUUGACUGUAGUGGCUUGGGUGAAAUAGCACUGUAUUGACCAGUAUCAUAGCACAGCCAGUACCCAGACAGUACUGGACCCAGGUGUGCAGGACCCAGGUGUGGUAGCCUCUUGCUAACGAUGGGAAUUCCUUUAAAUGUCUCCGACUGCAAAGGGCAUCGAUGUUAGCUGAAGAAAUGAAAAGGCUUUUCAUGGAGCAGCGAAUUCGUUUAACGCGAACGAGGUUUUCCACGUUCCGAAGGAGACAGCCGGAAAUGGCUUUUUUUAGUGCUAGACUCAAGGUUAUCUGCUGCUCCGUGGCAGGUAUCGGUGGAUAGAGAGAAGCGGAGAUAUGGAAAUGAACAAUACAGCUGCGUGAUGCUUUUACGAAGCACCUCGCUCACCUGUGAUGUAAGACGAACGCGACCCCCGUAUUUGCUUACUAAUACAGAGCGGAUCGCAGAUAUAAACACAGAUUCAGCUGUGUGCAACUGGACUGUUGGCCCAGGGUCAUGGUAGAGCAGUCGGUUAACAUCCUGUACACUGAACUAGGAUCAGCCUGGUUUGAUUAUGAAGAUUCUAACUCGGGAAGGAUAAUGUGACUAUAUCGUAUGGUAAAGGCAGAGGGCACAGCACAAGGUCAAGGCCGCCCCUCCUGUAGUAUUGUGGCUUUUUAAAUAUAUUUAUCAUUUCGCUGAAAACCGAAAAAAAGAUGACCUUGCUAAAAUAUAGCUUUCUCUCUGCAGCUUUUUAAAUGCAUGAGCUUCAAUGACGAGCUUUCCCAGACCCUUGUAAGAUCACCCACAUUGAGUUUUUCAUAAGCGUAACGAUCGCCGUCGCCCCCUGUUGGAGAUGCUGUGCCAAGGGCCGGACAGGCCCCAGGAAUAGUAUUCAUGGUGCCCUCCCCUCUCUCAAGCUGAUGUCUCCAGGGCAACGUAUUUAUUUGUGUCAUGGCGGUGAAGGGUGCGUCUUGAGCGUGGCGACCCCGUGCUCGUCACCGCACAGAGUGUUUGACUCAUCUUUUUACUAUUUUGUAAAUCGGACCUUUUAAGUUCCAUAUAAUAUAACUGUGUUUGUGAGAGAAGGAAUGUCUCAUUAUGUACCUUGUUCCCAGAAUUUUAUAGAGACCUGUACAGCAAUAAAGCACAACUCUGUCACAAAGUC